AUGAAUAAGGCAAUGUACUUCCAUCUCCUGAUUGUUUUGCUGGCUGUACUGUUAUCAGCGAAUAGUACUCCACUGGAGCCAAAUGCGGAAAAUGCAUGCGAAUUUAUCAGAAAUGUGGCCAAAUUUCAAGACGAUGAGAAUGAUUGGUGGGAAAGGAGCAAAAGUUUAGCCAAUUCUAUUUUGGAUACUAAAAUCAGAUAUACCGAAUCAUAUCGUUUCUGCAAGGAAAAAGUUGCUUCCCUGCAAAACCUUAAAAAUCGUGGAAAUGACUUAAGUGCAUCCAGUCCUUGGGCACAAAGAAUUGAAUAUCUCAACGCAUCCUCGCAGGAAUAUCAAGGUGGUCCUUGUUCUGAUGGGGAAGGGUACAUUUUAAUAUAUUCAACAGACAUCAAAAACAUGGAAAACGAUAUACGUGAAUUGAGUCAAAGUGUGAAAGAUCAAAAUGAAUAUCAUAAUUUCGUGGCACAAAUUGAUACGAAUGUGGAUACGAUAAGAAAUGCUCUAGCUAAUUUCUCUAUUCCCACGCUGACGUAUUUAACACGGUUUCCUUUAAAAAAGUGUACUCUCCCCAAUUAA